AUGCGCCUCAAACCCAUCUUUGCCCUCAUGUCACUAGCUCUCGCAAUCCCCCGUGUGCUAGUAUACACACGCACCCUGGGAUAUAGACACGACAGCAUCCCGACGGCGAUUGCAACAUUGAGCAGCAAUGGGCCGACACACAGCAUCGAGUUCGAGUUCACUGAGGACCCCACGCAGUUUGCAGACGAAAACCUCAGCCGUUUCGACGGGAUCAUGUUCGUCAGCACGAGUGAGGAGGUAUUGAAUGGGCCGCAGCAGGACGCGAUGGCGCGAUACCUCCGUUCUGGCGGGGUAUAUGUUGGCGUACACAGUGCCAGUGCGUGCUUGUACAAUGACACCGUGUAUUUACAGGCUGUUGGAGCAUACUUUGACUACCACCCCUCUCUACAGCCAGCUACCUUCAUCCGCCUUACCUCGCACCCCGCAACUUCCCCCCUCCCCGACCGCUGGACCUUCACUGAAGAAGUAUAUUACUGGCGACAAGACCCGCGCAACCAGAGCGCGACGAUCCUCCUAACAGUCGAAGAAGGGAGUUAUAUCAACGACGCAGCGUCCACUGGGAACUAUACUUUCGGGAGUCCGCAUCCUAUUGCGUGGUUUAUCGAGAACCCGCAAUAUGGAGGAAAGGUGGGGAGGUCGUUUUAUACUUCCCUGGGACAUACGAAUGAGACGUGGAACGACGGGAUCUUCAUCGCGCACGUGUUUGGCGGUCUCAAAUGGGCUCUUGAUGGGGCUACGACGCGCGCUUAUGGCGCAGGAGUAGUAGGUAACAACGACACGGUAGCGAAUGUGUCGGGCUCUGUGAGUGGGACUAGCGCGGCGGCGAGUACCAGUGCGAGUCCCGUGUCUCCAUCUGGCCCAGCUUCCCAACCUAGCUCUGGUGCACAAGGUCUCAGCGUCGCCAGCGCAGCGAUCGCUGCAGCCGCCGGCCUGCUGACAAUCUUGUGA